AAACAUCCCCAACACUGAGGCGACACUCCUCCUAUUCCCGCGUCCAAUUAGUUAUUUUGGUCUGGCCCUUUAAGACGCAGCAGCGGGUCAGCAAGUAGUGUAGUGUUUCUCUAAUUGAACUUCGCCCAAUCAACAAUAACUCGUUAGCAGUUGCUUGCUUUUUCUUGUUCCUUGAGACAGCUUAUUCCUCGCAGGAAUCGCCCCCCAGCCACUACCCGUUAUACUUUCUAAAGAUCUUCAUGGAACUUCGCAGAGGUACUGUCUCUCUCUGGAAGGGAAUACAAUUCGGUUGCCUGUGAAACUGCAGCCUACGCCCGAAGCAUGGUUAUUUUGGAGAAAACAUUUCAGACAAGUGAAGUUGCAAGAUUCGACUGAAAGUGAUAAAAAAAGUGGGUUCUGAAGAAGACGCGAAUCGAAGGAAACACUCGUGGACGUUUAAACUAGCAUUUGAAUGAAAUAAUCAGCCUUUGUCAGCAGUAAUUCCUUUGGACUGCCGAUGACCUCCAGUAAAGACAUGAAGGCAGGCUCCGUGUUGCAGUCCAGCAGCGAGGAGAGGAGACGGGGUCCUUUGGACCAGCUUCCACCCCCGGCCAACUCCAACAAGCCACUGACGCCGUUCAGUAUUGAGGAUAUUCUAAACAAACCCUCGGUGAAGAAAUCAGUUGCUAAUCUCUGUCCACCGAGAGCUAUUGAAAAAGUAUCCGGCUCAAACGCAGCAAGGAACGGUAUUACCACUCCUUCUUCGCCGUUAUGCGCUCUGGAGGAACUAGCCAGCAAAACAUUUAAAGGUCUGGAAGUCAGCGUUAUACAAGCAGCUGAAGGUCGUGAGCAUGUGAACGCCUUUGGACAGAGGCAGACCUCAAAAAAGAGGAGAAAGUCCCGGACAGCUUUCACCAACCAUCAGAUAUAUGAACUCGAGAAGCGCUUUUUGUACCAGAAAUACCUGUCUCCGGCCGAUCGAGACCAGAUAGCUCAGCAACUGGGGCUAACCAACGCUCAGGUCAUCACCUGGUUUCAGAACAGACGGGCCAAGCUCAAGAGAGACUUGGAAGAGAUGAAAGCGGACGUGGAGUCGCUCAAGAAAAUACCACCACAAACCCUGCAAAAGCUAGUCACCAUGGAAGAAGACAUUGACGACCCGCAAGGAAGCAUCUCCCCGUCGUCACAAGGACACCGAGCAUUUCCACAGUCCCCCUCUUCAUCCAGAGAUCAAACCACGGACGAAUUCUCAGAGGAGGACGAAGAGAUUGAGGUGGACGAUUGACAGUAGGCCCAUGUUUUAAGAAUGGGCAUUUUUAACUUUUGCACGGAUAUUGACGACGGGAGAAGUGAAACUAAAAAAGUAAAGUUUACUUUCUCCUCUUCUCCAUUUUAAUUUAUUAAUAGGACUGUAAAGCCUUCUCUGUUUCAAUUUCACCAAAUUAUUUGAGGAAUAGCCUACAUCUUUAUUUUAAUUGGAUAUGAAAAAUACUUAGUGUUUUGGUACAGGAUCAUGACUGCAAAAUGUGUAUGUACAUUUAACGCUGGGGGUGGGGGGGGGGGGCAAUUAUUUAACUUUUCAUCCACAUUCAGCUGCUAAAGGACAUCAACCAAAAACUCGAAUGUGCCCAAGGUUAGGCCCACGUCUUCUACAAAAUGCCCAUAACUGGAGAAAAAAAUAAAUGGACUAGAUUAAAAUUGGGGUCUAGGAUAUGUAUCGAUCUUGAUGUAGGCUAUAUUUCAUUAAAAAAAGACAAAUGCCAAUAGCAGUCAUGUAAAAAGCCAUUAUCAUUAUCCAGUUGCAAACAUAUCGCCAAAUUUUUUACAUGCAUAAGUUAGGCUGUAUAUAAAUUCAAUAACUAAACAUCAUAUGCCUAAUUUUAUUGUACCAUUCUAUUUAACCAGCAUUAUGUAAAUAAAGGGUAUGGUAUUUCAUGUUAUCUGUGUCUCGAUGUGGAUCGGUUUAACCUACAAUUUGUGAGAUAAUACAAUAAGGCAACAGUAUCAUGAACAUUUAUCUAGAACGCAAUAUUGUUUUACUUCUGGUAACAUCAAAGUAUUGGUUAGGCCUAGUACACCGGAUUUGGACCUCGGAAUAUCCUUCUGUUGACAGAAGGCCUACUCUACUGGUCGUUGGGCGUAAAGUGGCUCAAUUAGCGGCAGUUAAACAAGUUCUUCAUUUUUACUCCCUUAGCAGUUGUCACAAGAUGGUAAGGACCCGGGGCUGCGUAAAAAAAAGGUUGCGAGCACUCCACUGCCAUAUGGUUUCUGAAUCGUCAAACACAAACUAGUCAACAUGAUUGAUUAGGUUAACCCGUCUCACCGUACAUAAAGUUUUCACUGAGCCGGCAGCAAUAAUGGGACGCAUCUGCGCCUCUGAAUAGCAAUUUAGAAAAACGUCCAUGAAUAGCAAUUGAUUAGCAUGGGGGUCCUAAUGAAUACAUCUCAAUAGGAGGCAGUGGAAAUAGGAGGGUUGUUGUCUUUCUCCCCUGCAUCCUUGUUUGGUCCAACUGCAGUCUGCGUGAAUAACUUUCGGUCCAUAUGUAACACUUGUAACCAGAUGAAGGGGGCUUCUUCAGACAGCGAGAAGACGGAACGCCAGUGCGGACAAUUGGUGUAAUCGCUUGGAAUCAUUGGGGUUGAAAAGUCAACUCGAUUUUUAUAGGUGCAUUGUGGAGCGGCUCUGCCAGAACUGGACAGAUAGGCCAAUAGUUUUUUUUUCUCGGCUUGGGUAAAGAAGUGUGACCCACAACGCGAUGUAAGGCAUCUGAUCCACUGCUUGCCUCAAAUGUUUUCUCUUAUUUUGAAGGGAAAAGUGUU